CAAGUUAAAAUCACGGAUUGAUAUAUUCCAGUACAGAUUUGUCAAGGGACAGCAUAAUGGGAUUCAAAAAUAAAGUUGUUAUAGUGACGGGAGCUAGCUCUGGCAUAGGAGCAUCCACGGCAAUAGCCUUCAGUGCAGCGGGCGCUGAAGUGGUUAUGGUAGGACGAAACGAAGCCAAGCUAAAGUCAGUCGCAGCGAAAUGCAAGAACCCCCUUGUUUUGAUCGCGGAUAUGAGAAAAGACGACGACGUGAAACGCAUCAUGGACCAGACAAUCAAGAAAUUUGGCCGCCUGGACAUCUUAAUAAACAACGCGGGACUGUCAUCCACUGGGGAUAUCAUGGAUAGUGAGAGUAUGAUGAAGUCUUACGAUAUCAUCAUGGAUACAAACGUACGAGGUCUUGUACAUAUGACAAGCGUAGCGUCUCCGCAUUUAGCAAAAACAAAAGGGAACAUCGUCAAUAUAUCCAGUGUUGCAGCACUCAUCACUCCAACUUUUAAAGGAACGAUAAAUUACUACGUCUCCAAGGCGGCUGUUAACCAUUUCACUGCGUGCGCGGCUGCCGAAUUGGCACCACACGGCAUUAGAGUGAACACAAUCAGUCCCGGACCAGUCAGGACUGAUUUCAUAGCUAAUGCCAAGUUGGAUGCUGAUUAUGAUUAUAUUAAAACGAAAAAUGCUUUAAACAGAAUCACAGAGCCAGAAGAGAUCGCUGAUUUGAUUUUGUUCGUAGCUAGCGAUAAAGGUAAAGGCGUUACUGGAUCAAACUUCUUGUCUGAUAACGGUAUGUUGGUAAAACGCUCUUAAUUCAUGUGUACUUUAACUAGUAGCCAUCUUUCCAUUAACACUUUCGUUGCGGCACGAGGUCAAUUGACCUCGUAUAAAGAAUUUUAGCGUAUUCAAGAGUAAAGAGCAACUCAGAAACUGCGGUACAAGGUCAAUAAACCUCGUACCGCAUCAGGAGAAAGUACAGAAAAAACAGUGCCGACGCGAACGUGUUAAUAGCAUUAUAACAAGGUACUUAUUUCAUCAUAAGCUUUUGAAAUACAACAUAUUAUAAUAAAAAAAUACAUAUUA